AAGCAAGCUUCGAAGCACUGCUUCUAUGGAAUAGGAAGUCCAGGGUUGAAGCUCCGUUCGAAGCUUCAGUGUCAAACUGCCAUCACUACCGGUUAGCUCCUUUUAUACAAUAAACAAUCGAACAUAGAAUAGAUUGCUCUCGUUUUUUAAAAAUCUUAUUCAGCUAUUGACAGAGGCACCAACUUGCUAUGACUUACCGUCUGUUUGAGGGCAAAGACCAUGCUUCUUCCUAUUGGAAGUUCAGGAUCUCCCCAUCAGAUAAGCUCAUACAACAGGUGCUUGACUUCCUGGAAAAGCAUAAAGGACAUCCCUUUGAGCUGGCGGUGGAUGUGGGUUGCGGAUCAGGACAGGGCACCGUGCUGCUGGCCAAACACUUUGCCUCCAUGGUGGCGACAGACGUUAGUCCUGCCCAGGUGGAAAUGGCUCUACAGCAUUCCAAAGAGCCAAACAUCACCUACAAACAGUGUGUUGCUGAGGAGCUGCCAUUGGCUGACAGCUCAGUGGACUUGGUGACAGCCAUGUCUGCCUUCCACUGGUUCGACCGGCCACGUUUCCUACAGGAGGCCCACAGAGUGCUGAAGCCCCGGGGCUGCAUGGCUCUGCUCAACUACACCAUGGAUAUGGAGCUCAGCUACCCUGAUUGCUGCUCUCAGACACUCAACCAAAUCUGCCAAGAGUUCUAUGCGGCCUUGGUUCCUUACCGCAGUUCCCACCUUGGUUCCAAUUCGAUUGAAUUGUACCGGGAGGCGUAUAAAUCCCUCCCUUACCCUGACAAGGAGUGGCAUGAGUGUGUGCGAGUGAAAAGGUCCAUGCCUCUUUCCAGCUUCAUGGGGUUCGUGGAGUCUUUCUCCAGCUAUCAGACUCUGGUGAGAGAAGACCUGCAGAAAGCCACCGCCCUGUCUCAGGACAUCAGUCACAGGUUGAUGUCCGUGAUGAAGGUGUCCUCUGCAGAGACAGAGGUGGAUGUGUCUGUGAGAUAUUACUGUCUCCUGGCCUGCAAACCAGAGGAAGCCUGACUGACUGCCAGUGGCGCCUCCAGACAUUUUUCAUAGGGGUGGCCAAAUGGGGCCACUGAAAAUCUUGGGGUGGCCCAUCAAAACUAAGAAUUUAAUUGUUUUCAAAGUAUAGACUAGAUGAAAACAAUGCCAAAGAGAAUCACCUACUGAUAUACUUUGGUCUCUUAUUUUACAUUUUCUGAUACUAUUCAUCUGAAGUGAAUACGGAUAGUUAACAUUUGACUUCAAACAACAUUUAAUAGAACCUUGUUUUCUGUUAUGUAUACAUGUGUUGGUGAUUUAUUGUUUUGUUUUUUAUAUAUGCUAGUUGUUCUUUCCUUUUAAAAAGACAAAUACAGCUUAAUUAAAAUAAGUUCCUUUAUUGUAAGGCACAAAAUGUUCAGCAUUCUCAACACAUACAAUACACAAAGCAACACAACAUGUUCUUCAGUUAUAUGUCUCUACGUUAUAAAUGAUUUUAGACUGAACAAAGCUGUUUGUGUCACACUGGGAUCAAAGAUGAUUGACAUGACUUUAUUAAAUCAAGUUUUAAAA